AUGUUAUCUACUGUUUUUAUUCUUCUUCCAGCUGAAAAAAAGGCCACGGCUGAAUUGUGGAAAAUCAUUUGCAGGAUCAUUGAACAAGAUAUUUCUGACUUCGGCGAGAGUUCUCUUUCCACAGAUCAGCUAUUACUGAUUCUUCGGCAAUUAUACGAGUGCCUCAACACAGGUCGACCAGAAACCAACAAAAGUAUGUCCUCCAAAUCUUCUGGCAUCUUGUCUCGGUUCUGUUUUCCACUGACUCAGUCGCCCAAUUCCAGAGCACACUCAUUUCCUAAUGGCUGGCCGGCCCCUCUAUUCCACUUGAUGACCUCAUCCUGGACAUUUUCACAGACUCCGUCUACAAAGAAUCCCUCUCGACCUGCUUCGACUCUUCAUGUCGGCGCAAUAGCCAGAGAGCUGCCCUCUCCUUCAGAUUUGUUGACCACAUGUGAAUAUGCCUUGAGUGCUUUGGGCCUGCUGGCUGGCCAAGCCGCCAUGAAGUUGGGCCGGAACGUUCUUGAGGAGCAGCUAAAUUGGAGUUCGGCUGCAAAUUCCAUCCUCGAUGUUGUAUUGCCGGUCUUUAGUCCCUGGCUCAUGGCACGCUUUCCACCAGGAGGUUUCGCUGGUAUCAAAUCCCAAUUCAUCUCUGCCUCCACUUCAUCCAAUCGUGUGUCCUCACCACGCACUGUAUAUUCUCCCGUCAGCCGAUUUUUUACCUCAUUUCGGCGUGGCCUGACCAGCCGGAGACACUACAGAUCAAGCUCACCUAAAGCUUGUGCAAAAAUCACGACUCCUUACAUCAAUUACAAGCGUCGUGAGAGACCUUUUAAGCAGCCGCUUAACUUGGUAGUGCUGCAUGCUGUGUUUGAUCAGGUUUCCUCUGUUCUGGCAGCAGCAAUUGAAGCCAGCUCGCCCUCUAAAUCUGGUGAUCAUCGAUUUGCCAGCAAUCUCUUAGAUGCCUUUAUCCGCUGGAUCGUCAACUCAGCCAAGAACCUGCCUACAACUGAGACUGCUUCUGAAACUCAACAGAUUAGCUUGCCCGGAUUGCUUUUUGCAUCUGAGGAUGUUUAUUUACCCCCUAACCAGCUAUCUACUCUCUGGAAUUACUGGUUGCCCACUCACACCUGUUUAUGGGAUAUCUGUGAGAGUUUAUCCAUUUGCUCUGACGACAGCCUUUCCAAAGCCGCAACUGCCGCCUUUCUGGUGCGUCCUUUGGCGAAAGUCAAUUGGACCAGCUCUGAAUUACUAUCCGCUUACUGCGGAUUGUCAGAGAGCCUGUUAUUAAAGGUGGAUGGUGAUGCAACGAGAUCUGCUCUGUCAGGUCAGCUUCUUCUGACUACAUUGGUUAACUUGGGCUGUGCCUUAGCCGCGGAAGAUGACCUACCUGGUCUCGCAGAGGCAAAAGUAAUAUAG